AUGAAGUUCUUCGUGAGGGGUUCUCCCGUUAUGGCACCAUCGAGGAAGCUGCAGAAGGUCGUUGUCAAGGACCGCGACACCAACCGCAGCCGUGGCUUCGGCUUCGUGCGUUUCACCAGCGAGCCCGAAGCAGAUGCUGCCAUGGGCGCCAUGAACAACCAAGAAUUUGACGGUCGUAUUAUCCGCGUGGACAAAGCUUCUGAACGGCCUAAUCCCCGCAACGGCGGCGGCGGUUUCCAAGGUCGCGGAGGUUACAACAGCCCUGCCGAUGGACAAGCUUACCGCGGUGGUGGUUCCGGUGAGUUAUCUCCAGGCUGGCGCAACCAAUCCGGCCCUUGA